UGGUCUGUGAUUGGUGUCCAGGAAUGGCAGGACUACCGUCUGACGUGGGUCCCUGAGGAGUUUGAUGGCAUGGAGAAGGUCAGACUGCCUUCCAAACACAUCUGGCUGCCCGACGUUGUGCUGUAUAACAAUGCUGACGGAAUGUACGAGGUCUCCUUCUACUCCAACGCGGUGGUCUCCCAUGACGGCAGUAUCUUCUGGCUGCCUCCAGCCAUCUACAAGUCAGCCUGUAAGAUCGAGGUCAAACACUUCCCCUUCGACCAGCAGAACUGCACCAUGAGGUUCCGCUCCUGGACCUACGACCGCACAGAGAUCGACCUGAUCCUGAGGUCCGACGUGGCCAGCAUGGACGACUUCACACCCAGCGGAGAGUGGGACAUCAUCGCCCUGCCGGGGCGCCGCAACGAGAACCCUGCCGACCCCACCUACGUAGACAUCACCUAUGACUUCAUCAUCCGCAGGAAACCUCUGUUCUACACCAUCAACCUCAUCAUCCCCUGUGUCCUCAUCACCUCUCUGGCUAUCUUAGUGUUCUAUCUGCCCUCUGACUGUGGAGAGAAGAUGACCCUGUGUAUCUCUGUCCUGCUGGCCCUCACUGUGUUCCUCCUGCUGAUCUCUAAGAUCGUCCCCCCCACCUCCCUGGACGUUCCUCUGGUCGGGAAGUACCUGAUGUUCACCAUGGUCCUGGUGACCUUCUCUAUUGUCACCAGUGUGUGUGUUCUCAACGUGCACCACCGCUCACCCACCACACACACCAUGCCUCCCUGGGUCAAGCUGGUUUUCCUCAACAAAUUGCCUGCGCUGCUCUUCAUGCGCCAGCCCCGGAACAGCUGCGAGCGUCAGAAGCUGCGCCAGCGACGGAGGGGCCAGGAGCAGAGGGAGGGGGGCAGGGAUGGGGGCUCCGCCGGGGGGCUGAUGGUGGGCCUAGGGCUGGGGGGCGGAGGGGGUGGCACGGAUAACAACGACCCCUGUACGUGUUACGUGAACCAGGCGUCGGUGAAACAGUUUGUAGGGGAGCUGGGAGGGGGCACGGGGGGAGGAGGGGGAGGAGGGGGGUCGAUGGAGGGGCUGAACGGGCUGAGGGAAGGCAGGGAGGGGGGGCAGGGGAACCGGCCUAGGGGGAAACAGGUAGGAGGGGGCCCAGCCCUGACCCAGGCCGUGCUAGGACAAGCCUGCCCUGGGUUGGAGGAGGCUGUCGACGGGGUCCGCUUCAUCGCCAACCACAUGAAGACUGAAGACGACGACCAGAGCGUGAGCGAGGACUGGAAGUAUGUUGCCAUGGUGAUCGACCGUCUCUUCCUGUGGAUCUUUAUAAUUGUGUGUGUGUCCGGAACGGUCGGGAUGUUCCUCCAGCCACUGUUCCAGAACUACACUGCCAAGACCAUCACCAACACCAAUGGCUGA